UUGUUCAGAGAAUAUGAUAUUAUUAUUUGUUAAUUAGAAUGUGGAUAACUUCAAAACUGUAAACAGUUCACACAUCAAGAUGUGAUCACUAUAUAAAGGAUGUGGAUUUUCUUUGUAGAGCACAAUUUAUCAUACAGGUAGAUGAAUAUGGCUACUUCUUGGCCUCAUCUACUAUUUGUUUUCACAAUUUAUACGACAAUUAUAAAUGUAGUAGCUGACAAGAAGCAUUAUUAUUAUGAUUCUGCGCCUUUCACGUUGUCUCCUCUACCAGCACUGGCACCACCACCAUCUAUGUCACCACCUUACUAUAAGUCACCUCCGCCACCUUACAUAUCCCCUUCAUCUCCAUCACCAUCAUUACCACCGCUUGACUACAAGUCUUCUCCGCCACCUUACGUAUACAUAUCCCCUACAUCUCAAUCACCAUCAUUACCACCACCUUACUAUAAGUCACCUCUGGCACCUUACGUAUACAUAUCCCCUCCACUACAACAACCAUCACCAUCACCAUCACCAUCAGUAUCACUACCACCUUAUGUAUACAAAUCCCCUCCAACACCAUCUCCGUCACCUCCGCCACCUUACAUAUCCCCUUCAUCUCCAUCACCAUCAUUACCAUCGCUUGGCUACAAAUCUCCUCCGCCACCUUACGUAUACAUAUCCCCUACAUCUCAAUCACCAUCAUUACCACCACCUUACUAUAAGUCACCUUUGGCACCUUACGUAUACAUAUCCCCUCCACUACAACAACCAUCACCAUCACCAUCACUACCACCUUAUGUAUACAAAUCCCCUCCAACACCAUCUCCGUCACCUCCACCACCUUACUAUAAGUCAUCUCCGCCACCUUAUGUAUACAUAUCCCCUCCAUCACCAUCUUCAUCACCAUUGCCUCCUUAUAUAUACAAAUCUACUCCACCACCUUAUUAUAAGUCAACCCUGCCACCUUAUGUAUACAUAUCACCUCCAUCACAGCCUCCUUACGUAUACAAAACUCCACCACCACCUUAUUACUCCAAAUAUUCACAUUCGCCAUCCCGCUCCCCAUAUCCAUCUCCAUCUCCCAGCCCUUCAUACUAAUAUAAGUCUCCACAAUCUCCAUCCAUCUUCACCCCCUUCGAAUUACUAUUAAGGCACCACCACCACCUUCUCCAUCCCUCUGAACCCCCACUCCCUCUACCACCUUAUUACUAUUAAGUUCCCAUAUCCACAUACUCAACCUCUCGCAAAUAGUAGUUUUCAUCAACCAUUUCUCCAUGUUUUACACUAUUUACGUGCUUUACCAUCUAUUGGCUUUCUUUAUUAAUUAGGUUUCUCAAUUGAUGAAUUUUAUUUAUAUUUCGAUACUCUUUCAUUGUAACAUGGGUUACUUUGUGCUUUAUCAGGAAUAAAAUUAUUUGGAUAUAAAGACGUCCAUUGUGUUGGUUUUAUUUCAUCUCCCUCAUCGAAAUUCCGGAUAAAAGCCGAACUUAAAUAGAUAGUAAAUUGGCUCAUAAUUGUAUUGUACAGGAAAAAGAAUGAAAAUACACAAAUAGCAAUGAGCAAAUUCUUAGAACGAUGCCACAUAUAUAAAUUUGUAAUAAAUAUCAAAAUUUGGGACAUAACUAUCAUUUAAUUAUGUUAUAAACAUCAAAGUUUACUUAAAUGAAAUAACCACAUCACUGCAUAUUCCGCCAAUAUAACUCUAGAAUUACAUUGGUACUAUGUGUUGGUUUAUUUUCUUAUUUUUAUUAAUUUAUUUGAUGGGCUCCAGU